GCGAAUACGCCCGAGCCCCAGGACACCGCUGCUUUAAAAGAAUCCUGUACAGUGAAGCACCUGGUCAGUGUUCUGCCAUGUUGCGCGAAACUAGCAGCGGGAAACUCCGUGUAAACAAACACAGGUGAUCGUCAGCUGAUCUGCGGCCGCGCGCCUCGGUGACGUCACCCCAGUGAAAGCCCGGGCUGUAAACAAAGCAACUUGGACUCACAGGGGACUAGUGCUGCAGAUUCACAGUAAAUUAAGAGUUAUUUGGAGGCUGUAUUGUGAAUGCCCCAGUCACUUGCGUUGUAUGGAUAUACGCUGAUCGCACUAAACCUUUAUGGAUCAAGACACGGGCAGUUUACUCGGACCUCCUCGGACAUCUGUCCUCUCGGGCUCCGGAGGCGUCAGCGCUGGACGCCGUCAUGGACCCGCUGCUGUCCGCGGACACCGAGGUGAUGGAGCGGGAGGCUGACAAGGACGCGAGGAGGAAGAUCCAGUUCUCCGUGCCUUCCGCCGUGCCCACCCAGCUGGACCCACGGCAGGUGGAGAUGAUUCGAAGGCGGAGGCCGACACCAGCUACACUCUUCAGAUUGACUGAUCCACCUUCACCAGAGGAAGACUGCAGCCCACACCAGUGGGUUCUGGGGGAAAACGGAGCCUUGAAAGCCAAACUGGUUCACUCAUCAACCUACCAGCCGCCGUCACUCAAAGCUGUCCAGAGGAUGGCCCAGGCUCACCUGGCCUCCCUGGACAUGACCUCUGUGGACAAAGAGGAUUCUUCUUCAGGUGAGGAAGAGGAGGGAGGAGAAAAAACCAGCCGGCAGACAGACUCAGCCUCCGAUCCAAGAGAAGAAAGCAAACCACUCAGGGAUCAAUGCGCUCCGUCAAACAUUUCAACAGCGAGUUCUGAUCUCAGCCCAGGAGAUGAAGGGGAGGCCAAAGAAAGAGAGGAAGGAAAAGGGGAAUGACAGAAGUACCAGCUCUCAUGUUGGCGAGGAACCGACUUCCACAGCACAUGUGUGGUCCAUGCUUGUGUGUGCAUGGGUGUAUGUGUGAUAGUGUGUACUGUGGAUGUAGGAGUGUGAGCAUGCAUGCGAGACAAAGUUGAAUGUGGAAAGGAAAGAGAGCGAACAGUCGGGUAAAGAGGAAGGUCAGAAUUUUAAUGAGGAAAAGUUUAACACUGGACUUUGUGAAGUCACGUCUGGGUCAGCGAAAGGAAACCAAUCAUCCAAGGACACGGCACGAGACACAAGGAGAACUGCCGAGAACAAUGAAGUGUUGUGUUUUUGCAGGAUUCGACAGGAUUCGUCUUGGGCGAGUUUUCCACUAAACUAUUCAUGUGUGAAGAAUGAGAUUCAGAAUUACCUUUUAAGUGCCAAGUGUACAUAAUGUACAGACCAUUUCAUCGCACUGGUACUAAAACUCACACCUCAUGAACGAUCAGAAAUAGCAGACGAUGUAAAUGGCUCGGGACAGGACCCCAAUUUCAUGCACAGG